UGCCGCAACAUUUACCGUUCUAUCUCUGUCGACCCCUUCCCCCCCCUGCUCCGACUCUCUCCUUCCUUCCUUCUCUCUUAUCAUCUCUAUCCCCACUCUACGCGCUUCAUAAUGGCAGCGGAGGAAGAGCUGCCCCCCAGCAAGCUGGGUACAAAGGACCACUGGGACAUGGUGUACGAGCGCGAGAAUCGCGUGUUCGAUGACAUUGGAGAUGAAGGCGAGGUUUGGUUCGGCGAGGACAGCGUCGACAAGAUGAGGGCCUGGGCACACGAGAACCUCGAGCCUUCAGCAACCCCUAUCCGCGUUCUCGAAUGCGGCUCGGGCAACGGCACGCUGCUACUCUCCUUCCUCACAUCACCUGGGCCUGAUCCUCAGGCAUUCCACCUGACGGGCAUCGACUACUCGGCCGGCGCUGCCAAGCUGGGUGCGAGCGUCGAGAAGGCGCGUCGCGAGACGCUGGAGGACGAGGACGAGCUUGACGAGGACGACGUCCUCAACCCCGUCACUUGUGAAUGGCGCGUUGGAGACCUUCUCCGCGACGACAUCGAUGAGACGUGGGAUCUCGUGCUCGAUAAGGGUACCUUUGACGCCCUUGCGCUCUCACAGGAACCAGUCGCUGAGGCUGGUAACCGCCUUCCCUCGCUCGUCUACCCCGAACGUGUCGCGCGGCUUGUGAAGCCUGGAGGCUUCUUCCUCAUCACCAGCUGCAACUUCACCGAGGAGGAGACCAAGAGGCGGUUCACUCGCGAGGGCGUGCCUUUCACCUUCCACUCGAGUGUCCCCCACAAGUCGUUCUCCUUCGGUGGCAAGGUCGGCCAGACGGUCUGCACGGUGGCGUUCACGAGGGACGCCGACGAGCCAACAACUGGCAGGUCGCAGUUCCUUGCCCCAGAGUCGGCGCGCGCGUCUCCCAUCCCUAUUGGAACACCUGCGCAGACCGGAGUCAAGGUGUUGGAGUCGCGCUGGGUGCCUCCUGUUGCGCCCCUGUAUCUUUGCAUCGACUGCGGAGGUACCAAGACCGAGGUUGUCGUUGCUACCACCGACGGCAUUGUGUCUCGUGCGAUCAACGGCACCAGCAACAUGGCCGAGGUUGGAGCUCAACGGUCAUCUGAAAUCAUCAUCGACACCGUUCUCCACGCUGUCGGUGGCAUCGGCUGCCGCAAGCCUGCUCCAGGGCACGAGAGAGUCAACCCCAACGGUGGAUUGGCGUGCCCAGUGGGCUUUGAGGAUAUUUGGAUCGGGAUCUCUGGCUGCGACACGCCUCUGGAUCAACGGACAAUGUCAGACCUCCUGUCGCCAUUCUUUGGCCAGAAGGUCACGGUGCAGAAUGACGCGCUCCUCCUCGGCGGUGCGAUGCUAUCGCUGGCGGUGCCCUGGGGUGUGGCAGUGAUCGCAGGAACCGGCUCCAUUGUCGUCGCUCUCGACGUUGACAAGGAUGGUGAGGUCGUCCAAGCAGCACGGCGAGGAGGUCACGGCUACCUCCUUGGAGAUGACGGCAGCGCAUACGACAUCGGCAGGUGUGCCAUCCGCGCAGCGGUGCACACCUACGAUGCGGGCGAGGAGGUGCCUGGAGGUCUCGCCGACAAGAUUCGCGCACACUUUGGUGUCAGCGAGACGGGCGAGCUCCUCGGCAAGGUUCAUGCGCUCGACCUCUCUGUCGACCCCGUCACCGCGACCAACGCGCAGAAGCUACGUAUCUCGUCGCUUGCCCGCGAGGUACUCACAGCGUUUGCGGCUUCCCCGCCCGACCCGCUGGCCGUCACAGCAGUCGAGGAGGCGAUUGCGCCCCUCGCCACCUCGGUGGUCCGCAUCGCCAAGCAGAUGGCUGCGAGGCCAUUGCCUGACGGCUCGAAGCGCUCCUUUGCCGACGCGGCCCUCAUCAUGGGUGGCGGAGUUAUUCGCCAGGACGCGUACCGCGCCGUCUUCUUGAAGGUGUGCAAGGAUGCUGGCGUAGAGUUUGGGCAUCUGGCCGUGGUGGACGAUGUUGGAGGCAAGGGCGCGCUAGGUCUCGUUGACCGUGCCAAGCGCGCUCACGGAGAGGCGGUGUAGGGCGGGUCUUGUCACGACUAUAACGCAUAGACUGUAGAGCAUGAUGCAUUCUGCACUCAUGGGACUCCUGCCUCGCUAGGACAGAC